AUGUUUGGCUUCUCGAUCUGGUGGACGCCUCUGCUGGCGUUGCUAGCCAUUGUGCUGGCCCGCUACGCAUACUUGAUCUGGUUUCAUCCAUUGUCCAAGUAUCCGGGACCUAAGCUUGCCGCCUGUACAGAACUUUGGUAUGCGAAAAGCUGGACUGGCGGCAAAUGGCAUGUCAGGAUCAACAAGGCGCAUCGAAAAUAUGGCGACGUCAUACGGAUCGCGCCUAACGAGCUGUCAUUCGCAUCCGUUCAGGCAUUCAAAGACAUCUACGGCCCACCUUCCAAGACGCGGAAGCUAUUUACCAAGUCGAAUCUGUUCUACGACACUGGCAUUCAGAGCAUAGUAUUCGAGAUGGACCCGGAUGAGCAUGCGAAACAGUACAAACUAUUUGCCCCGUCCUUCCGGGCGUCUGCGGUGCGCUCCCAGGAACAUGUGGUACAGGAGCAUGUCGACCUCUUCGUCGCGCAGCUCAAGUCCCGUGGAGAGGCGGGAAUCGACGCAACAGCAUGGAUCCACUCAGGACAGCUAUCAUUCGGGGAGUCAUUUGGCGCUGUGAACAACGCCGAACCACACUACUGGGUCUCUCUCCUCCACGGCGCGACGUACGGCAGCAGUGUUGGCCUCCUGGCGAAGCGGAUCGCCAUCCUAGGUCCGAUACUGCGGUGGGCACCGCGCUUCUCCCAGGGGGCCGCGAAUGCCAUCAAGGCCAUGGAGCAGCACGCAGCGCUCACGCUUGAGAAGACGCGGUCUAGGAUCAGGAUGGGCAACGAGCACGGCGUCGAAGACUUCCUCGCGCCGGCGAUCGGAAAGCUCAGCGAGGAGCAGCUUGCCCACCAAGGGUUUAUCUUCCUCACAGCCGGCGCCGAGACCAGCGCGACCGCCCUCGCCGCCGCGGUAUGGUACCUCUCCCGGCCGGCCCACGCCCACUGCCUCGCACGGCUGCAGGACGAGGUGCGCAUCGGGUUCGCGCGGUACGACGACAUCACGGGCGACGCGGUCGCCCACCUGCCGUACCUCAACGCCGUGCUCGAGGAGACGAUGCGCCUCAUGCCCCCCUCGCCCGUCGGCCCGCCGCGCGUCAGCCCGGGUGAGACGGUCGACGGCGUCUACGUGCCCAGGGGCGUGUACGUCUCCGCCGAUAUCUGGUCGUUCACGCGGGACCCGCGCAACGUAGAGGGCCUUGCCGGGCCGGAGGUGUUUGAGCCGUCGCGCUGGGUCGACCCGGGGAGGGGAAGGCCUUAUUCGGCGCCCUUUAUUAUUGGGCCGAGGAUGUGUAUUGGUGUUAACCUGGCCUGGUUGGAGAUGCGGGUUACGCUUGCGAAGAUGGUGUACGCGUUCGAUUGGGAGUUGAAAGAUGAGGCCGAGGGGGAUGACUGGCUCGAGCGGUGCCAACUGUUGCAGCUGUGGAAGAAACCGAAGUUGAUGGUCCGGGUCACUCCGAGGUCGAAGGUCACAUAA